ACACAACAGAACUCAUCAGUAUGGAGAGGAGGAUUUUUUUCUGUAUGCUCUUCUUCUGUUCCAGUAUGGUGCUGACUGCAGCUCCACCAAAAGCAAUGAAAUACAAACAGCUUGCAAAGACAAUUGACCAACUAAAAGAUGUAGUGAAAGAUAAGGAUGUUGAAUUGCUGCAUACACCAGAAAACCCUGAGGAUGGAUGCCUGUUCACAGCCAUGACCUGCUUCCAGGAUGGCAUACUGAAAUUACAGCCAAAAAACAGCCAAGUAAAUGUUACAUUCACCAAAACUGUGAAGAUCUUGAGAAGACCCAUUUUGCCAGACUCUGGAGAGCACUGUGAGUCUUCAUGUCAAUCUUACGAAAGAAAAAAACCACAGGAGUUUCUGAACAGCUUUUCAAAACUGAUGCAAAAGGUAAUCAAUUAG